UCUUGCUUUUGUGAACACUUUUGCCCUUCUAUCGUUGGAAAAUUAUUGCGUUAUGUCAUUUUCGCCCUUGAAGACUCGUCCGUCACACGACGAGAGUAGAGACGAAGAGGAUGUCUAUACGCCUCCUCGAAAACGAAACUUUCGCAAAUUUCUCGGGUAUGGUCUCCUUGCGACCCUGUUGCCCGGCUGGUUUGUAGCUCUUGAUAUCUACCGCCAUCCCAGAGUGGUUGACCUGCCUGGACUUUCUUCUCCUCACCCCUUUCCUCCACAAAUAUUUGAACGAGUAAAGAAGAUAUUUGAGCCGGAUGAGCGCUAUAUCGGGCCAUCUAAUCAGACCCACCACAAUUGGGAUCACUUGGUAGCCGGCCAUGAUGCGCUCUAUAUCGGGAACCCUAAAAAGUAUGGGCUGAUGGAGGGAAUUGGUCCGCCAUUUCAUCAUGAGAACAUGGCACAUCCUGUGCCGCGCAAAUUCUAUGUCGUGUCAUUACUACAUCAAAUGCACUGUCUGAACAUUGUGCGCUUUCAUUAUUGGCAAGUUAAGCAGGGGCAUCCGACUGUAAGCGAAUAUUCCGAGGCGAGCUGGGAUGCCCACGUGGAUCAUUGUUUCGAGUAUCUGAGACAGUCCAUAUCUUGUGGUGCUGGAUUUUCUCUUGAAGGCCACUCACCUCUCAUUGUAGAGGGAGAGGUUGGAGAGGCGUCUACGGUCACAGGCUGGGGUAUCGAGCACAACUGCAUCAACUUUGAAGUAUUGCGGGCCUUUCAAAUUGAGCAAGAGAGAGUGUACAAUACUACUUGGCAAAGGUGAUUUUAGUAGGUAUUUCUGGAUCUUGGCUAGAUUGAUACCUUCAAUGGGAGAUGGAAAGACACGCAUGGGAGUACAGUUUAAUUCACAACUAGGUACAUAGGUACAUGUAUUCAGUUUCUUGUCCAAAAAUGCAUCACAACUUGCAUGC